UCCUCCCCCCUCCUCCACCCUCCGUGAGGCGAGAAGAGACCCGCCGAUCCGCACGAAUGUGAUACAGAGAAGCAGAAGAAGGUGUGUUACGCGCGUGACGACGACGCCAGUGUACGCUUUGUUUUUCUUCCUCCCGCGAACACUUCGCUGAACGUCUCUCGGCGCAAAAGCGAGAGAGUCACAAAGAGACAGAACGGAACGGGAUCCUCGGGAUUCGCGGCGACGACGACGACGACGACCACAACGACGACGACGACGAGAGUGCGACGACGACGUGCGCAAGUUUGUUAUCGCUAUAUUGGUACUUUCCUUGUUUAUAGAGAACAGCUUGUUUUAAUAUACUGCGCGAUGGAGUUUUCGUGUCUCGCGAGAAAAAAAAAAAACACUCGUUAUCAGCGGUAUUUAACCUUACGCGAAAUGUCACUGGUUCUACAUCAUUGACGCCCGUUUUGUGCGGCAACUAAAUUUAUCUUUCAACUUGUGCGCGAAAUUACAAAUAACUGUUAUCUUUUUGUGCGCGUUUGAAAAACAUAUACGUAGAUUCGAUAAAUUGAUUGUUCUCUUGUUAAACACAGAUUAAACAAAGAUUAAUUAAGUGAUGAGUUGAUGUGUGAAAAAAAAACUGUGUUUUAAAAAGCUAUACAUGUUUUGAUACUAAAUGCUGAACAGUAAUCACAAGACACAAAAGAACAUAUAAUCUCUGACAUUCAGAUAUACUAUACCACAAGGAUGCUAUAUCCAGGAUGCAUUUAACCAAAUUUAUUUGUUAGUGAUUAUAUAUAUCUAGCAAGGUCAGAGAGUGAUGCCGGUUCAUCAGAUCACUGUUAACCCACCUGACAGGCAACCACCUUUGUCAAUUGGUACUUCCAGUAAUACUAGCCCUGCUGGUGGAGAAAACCUACCGGAAUGGACACCACGGGAAUCGAGUUACGCCACAGUAGUUACCAUUAUACCAGAACAUUGUCAUUCGUCUGUGAGCUCGUUAUCCUCGACCAAUCAUGAUAUUUGCAGGAUCUGCCAUUGCGAAGGUGAAGAAGGUGCCCCUUUAUUUGCCCCCUGUUAUUGCAGCGGUAGUCUGCGCUACGUACAUCAGACUUGUCUUCAACAAUGGAUAAAAGCUUCGGAUACACGUGCCUGUGAAUUAUGCAAGUUUACAUUUAUUAUGCAUGCCAAGACAAAGCCGUUUUGCGAGUGGGAGAAGCUCGAGAUGUCUCGAGGAGAAGUGCGAAGAUUAUUGUGCGCUGUCGCUUUUCACGCUAUAGCUGCGCUCUGCGUGGCGUGGUCGUUGUACGUUCUCGUCGAACGUUCGAUAGAGGAAGCCCGUCACGGAUUUGUCGAUUGGUCCUUUUGGACAAAAUUAAUAGUCGUUAUAAUUGGUUCUACCGGUGGAUUAGUUUUUAUGUACAUUCAAUGCAAAGCGUACAUGACACUGUGCAGAAAGUGGCGAGCGUUUAAUAGAGUGAUAUUUAUUCAAAGUGCUCCCGAAAAAGUGAUGCUUCCACCCUCACCUACAGACUCUUUGAGAGAUGUAACCCUGCCCUUGAAGGAUCAAACUGCCUCGAUGGCUGAGCUCAACCGUACUCUGUUACCCCGUACUAUAGAUCCUCCAUGUGCCUCGCAGAUGGUGAAGCCCGACUCUGUCGCGCCACCUCAAAGGCAUGACGCUCAAGUCAAACUUUACGUAUUCGACAAAUUGUCUUCGUCCGGGGACAAUCUGUAAACGCGAUCUCCGAGAAGAGGGGAAAAAUCUGAUCACACGGUUUACAACUCUCGCAAAAUGGUAAAAGGUGAUUUUAAGCGAAAUUUUUUUAGUUUUCGCGCGCGCGCGGGAGGAAGGACGACGGAGUCUCUGGAAUGGGAUUUGGAUGAUGUUGAUUUUAGGUCGUGCAAUUUUCGGAUCUCGGAGCGGAAUUUAUCCCCUGUCUCGAAGUCGUCGAGAAACAUCCGCCCUUUUACGCAGCACCUUUUUUUCCGAAAACUUAGUAUCUCAGUGCUUACAAUGUUGACAGUGGGGUAGAGAUGAAAGUGCGCGGCCACGACAGUGCCGCGCAUUUUCUUAUGUACAUAAUUAUUGUAUCUGUGAUGUUAUUAAAUAAACUUUACCAUAUUUAAACAA